UGAAUUAGCUCAGCGGCUCCUCAGAAGGAGGGUGCGCGCGCAGCUCCGCUGCUCCCAGGGGGAGGAGCUUCACGCCGCCGGUAAACUUCUUCCAUCCCGAGCAGCCGCUUAAAGAUGCUGCGCUGAGGCGGCUGAAAGUUCGGGAAAGUCCGGCUGCAGUGGCCUUAGCCCCUCCCCUGAUGAUGAGGACCAAGGCAGCGCUCUCAUGAACUCCUUGGGCUUUGCCCUGCAGGGGGUCCCCCUCCUGGCUGCCUCCACUGACCUGCGCUUCCACCCCAGAUGGCGGGCGAUAACCGUGGCGACGCUGCUGGCCGUGGUGCUCACCGUGUACCUGCAGCGGACAGCGGGGCACAAAGGCAGGCAGGGGGGGCACCGCCUUCAGGUGGAGGACGCCUUCAGGAUAACCGCAUCAGGCCCCACCCUGCCGCAGAGAAGCGAAAGGCGGUACAACUCCACGUACCCUCUGAGCCCUCCACAGAGGACGCCGCACGGCGUUCGCUAUCGGAUCGCUGUGAUUGCAGACCUGGACACGGCGUCACGGAGCUCCAAGGAUCAGACGUGGUUUAGCUGCAUGAAGAGAGGCUACCUGACGGUCCCCGACGGCGCCAGCAGGCUGGAGGUGGAGUGGGAUUCUGACACGGUCACGCUGGAGAGUCAGCUGUCCGAGAAAGGGCGAGGGAUGGAGCUGUCAGAGCUGCAGGUCUUCAACGGUCACCUGUACAGCGUGGACGACCGCACCGGGGUGGUGUACAGGAUAGAGGGCAGCCGGGCCGUCCCCUGGGUCAUCCUGGCUGACGGGGACGGGUCGGUCUCCAAAGGAUUCAAGGCGGAGUGGAUGGCCGUGAAAGAUGAGCGGCUGUUUGUGGGGGGGCUCGGGAAGGAGUGGACCACCACCUCCGGGGAAGUGCUCAACAACAACCCAGAGUGGGUGAAGGUCGUCGGAUACAACGGAGACGUGGAGCAUCAGAACUGGGAGUCAAAGUACAACAGCCUGCGGAGUGCAGCGGGGAUCGAACCUCCGGGUUAUCUCAUCCAUGAGUCGGCAUCGUGGAGCGAGCGCCUCCAGCGCUGGUUCUUCCUCCCUCGCCGCGCCAGCCACGAGCGCUACGAGGAGACCGCAGACGAGCGGCGUGCCACCAACCUGCUGCUCACCUGUCCCGACGACUUCAGCCACAUCAGCACGCGGCGCGUGGGGCCGCUCAGCCCCACCCACGGCUUCUCCUCCUUCAAAUUCGUUCCAGACACAGAUGAUCAGAUCAUCCUGGCUCUGAAAUCGGAAGAAGACGCCGGCAAGAUCGCCACUUACAUCACAGCCUUCAGUCUGGACGGGAAGGUGCUGCUGCCAGAGACUGAGAUUGGAGACUUGAAGUACGAGGGUCUGGAGUUCAUCUGAGCGAGGUUAACGCUGUCCCGUAACUCACACUAACAUCUGACCUGGAGUCUGUCCUGCAGCUGCGGUCCGUCUCUGAAAGCUGAACAUCAUCUCAAAGGUCUCACAAAACAACUUUCAUCUGAGAGGUGAAAGGAGACCAUCGGUUCUUCCUAACUUCUGUGAAAGAGGAGCUUCUGCUGGUGCCUUAAAGCCUCGUUUCCACUGAGCGGUACGGUCCGGUACUUCGAGUGUUUCCAUUGUAAAAUGGACCCUUUAAACAGUACCGAACUGUACCUCUUGGGUUUAAAGUCCUGACAUUCCAGCUGUCUUUGACCUUCAGUCAAAGCAAAGACUCAAACGUCUGCUCCACCUGAGAUCUCAGCCUCACAGAUCUAAACCUGUCAGAAAUGUUUCAUAUUUAUGACUCUAAUAGUACUAUAUAUUACUAAAUAUUAAUAUAUUUUGUGUGCUUUAUGUCCAAUAAACAGUUGGUGUCUCAGUAAA